AACAAAAAGAAAAAAAAAUGUAUAAAAGGGUUUUAAGCGGUUAAAGGGAAUCGCGAUUUCUUCUCCGUUCGAGCAAUUGAUUCGAAAUUGAGAGGUCGAAUUGAUACAAAAAAUGGUGAAUCAGCGAACAGACAAGUUGCUGAGAAGAACAACUAUGGUGGCCACUGUCACUGCUUCAUACUUUCUCUUAACCGCCGAUUAUGGCCCUCAACCAAAUUUUCUCGAUCCUGUCAAAAAGGUUAUACUGUCAGCAGAAAGUUCUAUAAAGGGAUUCAUCUUUGGAUCAAAUAAUCAAUCUCAAGAAGGUCAAAGAGAGAAGCUCGGCUCCAAUGGCGUCAAGGACAAUGCAUGAUAAGUAAACUUCAAAGACUUAGUUACGAAUUUAUGUAUAUAUGUCUUGAAUCUGCAGUUUGUUAUUAUACAUUUCCUAAAGCUUAGGUUGAGAUCAUGCGUGAGUAAACCUUUUGGAGGAGUAAAAUAAUAAUGCAGUUUGUUUAGACUUUAAGAUGUUUAAUGAAUUGGUUUAUGACCAAACCCAUUUAGCAUAUUAACCUCA